ACUUUGAUAGAAAUACGUAACUCAGACGGCAAGACAUAUUACUCCAUUUGAACAACUUUCCUUUUUUUUUUUGCAUUCAGGAUUUCUGAUCCCUAACCUGACUGUGACCAUUGUGAUGGAACAAGAGCAAAAACUGUUGGUCUCAGAUUCUAAUGGCUUCACGGAGAGGGAGAGUUUGAAAAGCACUUUUACAGGAGAUGAAAGUAAGAAUAAUUUGGAAACUGUUCAACACAGUAACUCUAAGGCAGAUAAAGAGAGAGCCUCAAAAUGGUCUAAAAGUGAUGGCCCACAAAAUUGUAAGCAUGAGGACACACAAAAAAUGCCAUUGACAUGGUCCCAGGGAUGUGAAACUGAGUGUGAUGAUUCCUGUGAGAAUGAUGGCAACUUGGAGAAUCAGGGAAAUUCUACAGGAAAAGAGGAGGAAAAACUCAAUCACUGGGGAUGGGACCCAGGACAACAUACCAGGGCUGCCGUCCAGCAGACUUCAUCCUUCGGGGACAAACCCUACAAAUGUUCUGAAUGUUGGAAAAGCUUCAAUAAUAGUUCUCAUCUUCGAACUCACCAGAGGACCCACUCAGGAGAAAAACCUUAUAAAUGUUCUGAGUGUGGGAAGUGCUUCAGUAACAGCUCUCACCUGAUUCAGCAUCUGAGAACACACACAGGCGAGAAGCCCUACCAGUGUGGCGAGUGUGGGAAAAGCUUCAGCAACACCUCCCAUCUUAUUAUCCAUGAAAGAACUCACACGGGAGAGAAACCCUAUAAAUGUCCUGAGUGUGGGAAGAGUUUCAGUAGCAGCUCCCACCUUAUUCAGCAUCACAGAUCACAUACAGGUGAAAAACCAUAUGAAUGUCCGGUUUGUGGGAAAUGCUUCAGCCACAGUUAUGUCCUAGUAGAACAUCAGAGGACCCACACUGGAGAAAAACCUUAUAAGUGCCCCGACUGUGGGAAGAGUUUUAGUCAGAGUUCUAGUCUGAUUCGCCACCAGCGGACACACACAGGUGAGAAGCCCUACAAAUGUCCUGAGUGUGGAAAAAGCUUUGGUUGCAAUUCUACUCUAAUAAAGCAUCAGAGAAUACAUACAGGGGAAAAACCCUAUCAGUGUACAGAAUGUGGGAAGAAUUUCAGUCGAAGUUCAAACCUUAUUACACACUGGAAGAUGCACACAGGUGAGAAAUCCUAUGAAACGUCUGAAUAUGAAGAAAGUUUGAGUCAGAACUGCAGUGUGAUAGACGAAUGCAGAAUCCAGCCAGGAGAGAAACCAUAUAAAUGUUGUGAAUGUGGAAAGAGUUUUGGCCUUAGCUCCCACCUCAUAAGACAUCAGAGAACACAUACAGGAGAAAAACCUUAUAGAUGUUCUGAGUGUUGGAAAACUUUUAGUCAGAGUUCCACCCUGGUGAUUCACCAAAGGACGCACACAGGAGAGAAACCUUAUAAAUGUCCUGACUGUGGUGAGUGCUUCAGUCAAAGCUUUAACCUUAUCAGGCAUCGGAGGACCCACAUAGGAGAAAAACCUUACAAAUGUACUGACUGUGAGAAAUGCUUCAGCAGAAGUGCCUACCUCAUUCAGCAUCAGAAAAUUCAUAUAGAAAAGUCUUCUGCAUCUCCCGAAGUUGAAGAUUUUCCUCAUGAAUGGACUUGGAAAAACUGUUCUGGGGAAAUGGCUCUUAUCUCUUCAUUUUCAGUCCCAAAUUCAUCUCCCUCCUGAGUCCCAAAGUCUGUUUUUUUAUUUUUUUCCUUUCUUUUCUUAUCGGAGCAUUACAGUUAAGGUGUUCUCUGAUCACAGGGUUAUAAAAUUUCUUUGGUUUGUUUGCCAAAACAUUUGGGAAGAGUCAACCUCCCACCUUAGAGGUUGGAAAGACCCAGAUCCUCGGGUCAUCAGAUCUGCCCAGUGAGAGAGACUGCCAGUGAUGGAGAGAAAGAAGAAUAUUUUUUAUUUAAGGUAAGAUAGGAAUAGCUUCAAAGAAAAACAUGGAGAGAAAUCCUGGGAGUCUGAAGAUGAGAUUGUCAUUGAAUUUCCUUAUUUCCUAUUGCCUGAUUGGGUGGCAACAAAUCAUUUCUGUCCUUGGGGAUUUACCCAGAGAAAGAUUCCUUUUGAACAAAUAAUGUGAAUUCCUGGCUAUUUUGUUGGGUCUCAAGGAAGAAAAGACUAAUUUUUUUUUAAAUGUGUUUUUCUUUGCUGAAAAUUAACUUUUACAGUAUCUGGAACUGCACUGUCUGGUACAAUAGCCACUAGCCACGUGUGGAUAUUUAAGUUUAAAUUAAGAUGAAAUGAAAUUUAAAAUUGACUUCCGUAGUCACACAAACCACUUGCUGAGUGCUCAGUAGCCACACAUGACUGGUGGCUGCUGUAUUAAAUAUCACAAAUAGUUCUUUCAAGAUCAUCAUUCUUUUUUUUUUAUUUUUUAUUUUUAUUUUAUUUUUAUUUUUUAUUAGUUUCUGCUUUAUAACAAAGUAAAUCAGUCAUACAUAUACAUCUGUUCCCACAUCCCUUCCCUCAUGCAUCUCCCUCCCUCCCACCCUCCC